AUGAUUACAUUACUUCAAGCCGGGUCUGGGGAGGAAGAGUUAGAAUUGCGGGCAAGUGAACGGGCAGCAGGAACUGCAGAAGUGGUGGAAGCAAGUAUUGAUGAUGAGACGAGUGCAGCAGCAGCAGCAGCAGCGGUGGCAGUGGCGGCGGCGGCAGCUGCAGGAGCAUUGGGAAGCCUUGGUCGCACGAGCAGUGUUGAAGGCAAGCAGUCAAGCGCUGGGAACGGGGAGAAUGGGGCAGCAGCAUUGGGCAGCGCUGCUUGCUUGAUCAGUGCUGCUGUUGAGGAGAAGGAGACAAGUGCUGCAGAGGACAUGAGUGCAGCAGCAGCAGCAGCAGCAGCAGCAGCAGCAGCAGCAUUGGGAAGUGCUGGUGGCACGAGCAGUGUUGUUGCAGACAAGCAGCAAACAAGUGCUGUGAUGGGGGCGAGCCUGCUUGUGGGCGGUGUGGAGGCUCUUUUGAAAGGCUCCUCUGACGACAUAGGGUGGCUGAAAAAGUACCCUGCGCUCCCCCCUGUGACGGAUGUCACUGACAAUUACGAGGCGAUUCUGGAGUGUGUCAUGAGUGGCAUCCAUGCGCUGCCCGACAACCUGGUCUACCUUUUAAUUCCGGGGUUAUUCAGCAAUCUUAGCCCGCUCUAUCUGUUUGACACCAAGAAGCAUUUUUCCUCCAUCGGCCUCGUCUGCCACAUUGCCAAGAUCCACAGCCAGGCUCCUAUAGAAGCCAACGCUAUAGUCAUCCGUGACUAUAUCGAAGAGCUUUAUUGGGCGACGAAGAAGAAGAUCUUGAUCUUAGGCCACAGCAAGGGCGCCAUGGAUGCAGCAGCAGCCCUCUCCCUCUACCAGCCCCUCCUGCUUGACAAAGUCGCCGGUCUCGUCUUCAUUCAGAGUCCCUACGGGGGAAGCCCUGUGGCAUCGGAUUUGCUCCGGGAAGGGCAGUGGGGUGACGUGGCAUCCCGCACGAUUCUUGGGAUUCUCAUGGAUAAGAUUUUCGGGGGGGAUAUCCGGUGCUUGGACGAUUUGACCCAUGCGAAAAGGAGGGAUUUUCUCGCGAAGCACCCGUUUCCGGUGGGGGAAAUUCCGAUACUGUCCUUUCAUACGGAGGCGAGUAAGGCGGCAGCAGUGGUGGCAUCGCUGUCGACUGUGGCGCAUACUGAAGUGCCGUGGCUGGCGCAGCAGAAUGCAAAGCUGGCCGUUGGAUUCCCGCUGUCGGCCGGGCUUGCGAUCAUGGCCGUCCAUCUGGAAUACAGGUACGGAGCAGCAAGCGACGGGCUGGUGACAAGGGCCGAUGCAGAGGUGCCGGGGUCAGUGGUGGUGCAGAGCAGACGGAAAUUAGACCAUGCCUUCAUGGUGUUCCCCCCCACCAGCGGAGUUGGGGGAGGGGGAAGGGGAGGUGGAGGGGGGAGUGGCGGAGGGGGGAAUGGGGGCGGGGGGAGAGGGGGAGGAGUGAGUGGGGGAGGGGGAAGUGGGGAGUCGGAAGCUGGGUCAGCGUGUGUGCAUGAGGCGAGUGCUGCUGAGAUGUGUGAGGCCCUGGCGACCACACUGCUGGCAACACUGCAGAUGCGGCCAAAAGAGGCCACCCCAUGA